AUGUUUCAUCUUCAAACAGGAGGGCAUAUUAAUCCAGCUGUGACAUUCGGUUUGUUAUUAGCAAGAAAGCUGUCGUUGACCAGGGCAGUGUUCUACAUGGUGAUGCAGUGUCUUGGAGUGAUCUGUGGUGUCGGAUUUGUGAAAGGGUUUCAGGGUGAUGCGCGGUACACGACGUUAGGCGGUGGUGCUAAUGUCGUCGCCCAUGGUUACACCAAGGGUGAUGGUCUUGGUGCUGAGAUUGUUGGCACUUUCGUGCUUGUUUACACCGUGUUCUCUGCAGCUGAUGCUAAAAGAAGCGCCAGACUCCCAUGUCCCUAUUUUCGCUUAUUUUCCAAUUGGGUUUGCGGUGUUCUUGGUUCAUUUGGCCACCAUCCCCAUCACCGGAACUGGAUGUUGCUUCUUUGGUGA